AUGGACCCCGCUCUCAUCGAUUUCUUCGCAAAACUCCCAUUUGUACCGAUGGUCAACAUUUGUGAGCAUUUGGACCCGAUCGACUUGUAAGUUUGACCCAAAAAAAAAGAGUACAUCAAUCUAUUUUUCCGCUUUUCAGAAUCGCCCUCCAAUUCCAGUCGGACGUCUGGAGAUCAGUGGCCAGGCGUACAAUGAAAGCGCAAGAAUUGGAAACGAGAUUCUCAUUCAAGAACGUUCCGUCGUAUGACGAAAGCCCGCUCGUCGAGUUCGAAAUUUCCAUGCCAAAUGGUUCGGCCUUUCAAAUUUUGUUCGAGAGGCCGGAUCCUUCUACAAGUGGGCAGAUAUUGUCGUUCGGCGACGGUGAGAAGCGGUCGCUCAUCUGCAAAAGUGCCAAUUUCGAAGAACUCUUCGAGAACAUGACCGCCCUCAAGACUAUUAUCGAUUGUUCGUAUCGAUCGGUCGAAUCGGAUGACGCGUGGGUGGCCGUGGACUCGGAACUGCCGCAAGACCCGCUGCUCGCCUUUUUGGAAUCGGGAUAUUCGUGGAAUGAUGUCAGACUGACCGAACUGGACAUUGAACUGGAGACCGUACCUGGGGAGGUGGUGAACGAGUUCCUGAAGGUGUUGAAAGUGACGAGGAAAUUGGAGAUUAUUUUGAAUUCCGACGAAAAAGUCGACUUUAAAAUGGUAAGAUUUUGAAAAGUUACUAUUGAAUCACUAUUUGUGACCGUAAAGAACUAAUGAUUAUCUCAAAUACUUUACAGUUGAUCACUUUUCUUCAAAUUGCCAAAUUUGAACUCUAGUUUCAUUUCAGUGCGCCACGAGUCCGCCACGUGCUCAUGUCACCUUUUCCGAUUGGCUCACAAUUGAGCAAGUAAUCGAUUUGAACGUCGAAAUGGCGUUUUUCGAGAAUUGCGCGUUCACCGACGCCGACAUGAACACUUUUUUGAGUAGGUGGAUGAACGGAGAGGUGCCGAACGCGAAGCUCUACACUUUUAUAACGAAUAGCCGUCGUUUUCGCUCGAAACAUGUUCUGCGAGACUUGAAAGCCGAGCGUUGGAGUCCGGAGAGGAGGGAAAAGAAGUACAAGUGAGUGUUUAGUAGUGAAAGUUUAAAGGUCUAUCCACAUUUCGUUCAGAUUGCCGAUUCCCUGGACCAUGAACAGUUAUGAGUAUCAAUUCGAGGACCUGUCCGCCGGAAUGGACAUCAUCCGUUCGGACGGAGUCAUCGGAACCCUCCGGUUGAAUGUCUACGAUCAGGGGGCCGACAACAGCCACAAUCUCCAUUUCUACGUCUGGCCGGAGCCGUUCCCCAUGAGGACCGAGAUGCAGCGCCUGACAGCUUGCACCGAGCAAUUCGAUCGGUUCUUGGCUCACAUCGAUUGGAGACUGUUGGUGUUGGCGAAAGAAGCGGCGGAAAGAUUCUGGUGUAUGUCGGCUGUGAGACACAACGAUCCGAAACUGUACGCAAAACUGGGAGAGGAGGGGCGAAAGGCCACGGAGGCGUAUCUGAAUAAGAAGUAUAUCAGAGCAUCGAUUCGCAAGUUUUUGGAAUGA